AUGGUGGUCUUCGUGCCCUUUGCGGUCAUAAUUCUCGGCGGAUUCGGCUCAAAAAUCGCAUACGAUGUUGUGUGGCCUUGGAUUUUGGAACAUGGAAGGCAAGCUCUCAAGUAUUUCUGGAACGUGUCUCCUGUCCUGCUAGAGGAAUCACGGCCAGAGGCUUUAGCGAUCGCUUUGGUGGACAAGGAGACAAAGCUUCUGACUCUGGGAGGCGAGGAAACAGCAGCUCAAGAUGCAGAAGACGCGGAAACAGCAGAUACCGCAUCAACAUUUCCACCCACAGACGCUUCGUCUACCUUUUCAGCUGCAUCCGCGUCAAGACGUGCAAGUCACGCUCAGGACGUGUAUGACCUUGAGACGCAACAAUCUUUGGUUUACCAGGGAUUUGACACCGUCCGGGCCCAGAUCCGGUUGCUUUACAUUGCAAGGGCGCCUAACCGCGGCGACGAUCUCUAUUGCACUUACAAGCCGGUCCACCUUCAGACGUGCGAGGCGUACACCGCACUAUCCUAUCAAUGGGGCUCAGCGACCACUGACUUACAAACUAUUUCCUUGAAUGGGAGGCCUGUUGAGGUUACGCAAAACCUGUACCAGGCACUAAAGGAGCUCAGAGCCCGAAGGAUUACUACGGUGUGGGUCGAUCAGCUGUGUCUCAAUCAACGAGAUCCAAGUGAAAUGGCCCUGCAGGUUGAAAGAAUGACGUUGAUCUAUAAUCGUGCCGAGUCGGUGUUCGCCUGGCUCGGUUCUGAUAGCUUCGAAUUUCUCGAGCUCAAGCAUAUAUUUGAUGAACUUACUGCAUUUCGUAACCUUAUAGGGUUCCACGGGAAAGCGUUGACACAACAAUAUACCUUGCACGAUUUGCUUCAUAUGUGGAUGCGACAACCGCUUGGAAGUUUUGGAGUCAUGAUGACGAGAGGCCGAGAAAAGUACUUUCCCAAAAUCGAUACACAAUUGAAAAAGAUGUCGCCGAACCUUGGCAAGGAAGACCGAGAAUUAAGAGCAAAGCAACUGCAUUUCUUACAGAUGCUGUCGAGCAUAGUUGCAAACGAUUACUGGCGACGGGCCUGGAUACUGCAAGAGCUAACCGUUGCCUCACGGAUUCAGCUUAGCUGUGGUGAACAUAGCUUGGAUUUCAAUCUGUUCAGCAAAAUCAUCCAAGAGCUUCAAGGUCUUUCAGAGGACAAAAUCUUUCCCGGCUUCACCCGUAACUAUCAGCACAUAUUCAACAUUAUCAUGCUUCGGUCGAAAUGGCAGCCGCGACAGCCAAUUCAUCUUCUCACAGCGUUGCAAAGAAGUCACGAAACAGUUGCGACCUAUGAGUACGACAAGAUCUACUCUCUUCUCGGAGUAUGUUUCGAUUACAACAGAUUUAUGACCGACAUUGACACCGAAUCCUCCAUUGAUGUGAUCGUUAGGCGCAUGACAGAAACAUCCAUUCAGACAACCAGAACAUUAGACAUCAUCUGCCUGCAGAAUGCAACAGGGACCCGCGAUCAUCGUCUCCCGUCUUGGGCGCCCAAUUGGCUCGAUUUUGGUGGUGAUAGGUUCAAUGAUCGACUGAUCAAAUAUUUCACCGGCCAAGACGAACAUCCGAAGCAAGAUGCUGGUGAACAGUAUUGGCGUGCAACAAACGAUAGUCGUCACGAUCCUCAAGAUGACGACCGCGAUGGAAAAGUCCUCAAGGUCAAAGGUCGCCGAAUUGGGUCCAUCUCCUUCUUAAGUGGUGCAGCCACCGACAUCUCAGUGACUCGCUCUGCUACAGAAGUGAAGAAGAGGAACAAGUUAGUAGCAGCCUUGAGAAGCACCGCGAAGCUGCUCGAUCCAUUCGAGAGAACACAAGCAGGCGAUAUCUUCGAAGCACUCACAAUCUACAAACAAAAAGAUCGUGUGGACGACGAAAUGACUCACUUCGACGAUCUCUGGAAAGGACGGACCAUCGACCGCCUCAAAGAGCACGCGCCCACGGCCUGCAAAUGGCUCGAGCAACACAAAGACUUCCUCCUCCACGGCGAGCGCCUGUCCGCAUGGGGCGAAGGCAGCUUCGGCGUCAUCCUGCAAUUCAAAUCCAAAGUCCAUCGCUUCUUACACCAUUUUGUAGACGGCCCCAACACCUCUGGCUCGGCCACCAUGGCGGAAACGGUACAGAGUAGCGUCGAAUCCAUCAACGCGCGCGUGGACAAACUCGCGGAUGCGGUCUCCCGCGUGCUGAAAGAUGGGCUGAGACUCAUGGGAGGGAAAUUAGAUUUGUCGAAGCCGAAGGUGGAGCCGGAAAGUAAAAUCGCGAAGAGGUUCUAUGAGAAUGGGUUUACGGGCUGGGCGCAUCCGCUCGCGAAGCCGGAUGAUCAGAUUUAUCUUCUGAAGGGCUGCUCUAUGCCUGUUAUCCUGAGGCCGGAUGUAGAGAGGCAUGAGGAGUUUGGGCUCACCUUUCGCGUUGUGGGUGAUGCGUAUGUGGUUAAUGCGAUGCAUGGAGAGGCGUGGACGGAUCGGGAAGAGGAUUUGGAGAGGAUUUGUCUUGUGUGA